GCCGGAGGGUUGGGACCACGUGUCGCCCUACCCUGGGGGUGCCGGAGGGCUGGAAGCAGGGGUAUCCCUUGGGCUGAUGAGAGCCAAAUUGUCCCCUCCCCCCCUCGCUGGCAAAUGCCCCUGACCCAGCUGCUGCAACUUCAAUCCUGAAACCGAAAGCGAAAGGCGCCGAGUCCACUUGAAUUAGUUUCCCCAAACUCUUCUGCAGACUUUUCCAAGCGCCUGGGGCGGAUCCACCGAGCUGGGACUUUGCGCCCUCACUCACAUGCCCCCCUUUCAGGUGCCUUUCGGGACUGAAACGUGCCCAGCCUGAUACCCUAAAUGAAGCUGCCUUCGUCCCGAUCCCAGUCCCAGCCGCCGCUGGGGAUCUGACCCUGCGCUCCUGUCCUGGAGAGGCUGGCGCCCUUCCCUAGCUCUUCCCAUGCCAUGGCCCGGCUGCUGCUCUUGCUCUGGGGCAUCGUCGGGCUCCUGUCCGCCUUCACCAGCUCGGCCGCGCUGCAAGAAAGAUGCAGCGUGCCAAAGGAGGUCAACAAUGCAGAUGUUCAGGUUGGCAAUAAUAAUUUGUUGAAUGCCAGCCUGCGGUACACAUGCAGAGACGGUUACAAAAGGAAAGCUGGGACAUCCAGCCUCAUUGUGUGUGUAAUGGACAAAAUCACCAAAACGCUCCGUUGGACAGAGCCAAAUCUACGUUGUAUUAGGGAUCCUGCUCUACCUCCUUUAACUUCCAGCCCCAAACAGACAUCAGCAGCACCUAGGACAGAGGCAACCAGUCCUGUCAGCAAAGAAUCAAAGACUUUUACACCAGCUAAACCACCAGUAACGAGAGUAACUGCAGAGAUUACCACAGUCCCAGUGAUGGCCUCCACACCAUCCUAUGAAAGGGAGACCACCUCACCACUCGCAGGCCCCGUCUCUCAGCUCAGGACUGACAAGCUUUCAUGGGGAACACUUGCAACAGCAACAACUGAGAUCAGGUCAUCAAAGGGGCCUGCUGGCGUGACCACGGAAGACACAACACAACGGCGCACCACAGCCACCCAGGUCACACAUACCUCCCAGCUCUGGACUGAUGAGCCAUUGUUGGAAACAGUUACAACAGAAGGAGAUUGGUCAACAGCAGUGCCAGCCAGUGUGACCACAGGAGACUCAACACAGCUUCUCACAGCAGUCACCCAUAACUCUAAAGUUUCCACCCGAGUUAUGUUUUCUUCUGUGGGGUUUCUCAUGUUGCUGACCAUUGUAGCUGUUGUAUUAUGUUGUGUCUGGAGACAGCGAGUCCACAUGAGGCAACAAUACAUAAUGCCUGUGAUAGCCAUUCCCAUGACCACCGAAGAGUCAGAACAAAGGGAUAGAACACCACCAGAAGACAAUGGCUCAGACGAUCCAGAACAACCAAGUGAAGGGACAGAGACGAUAUCAUCUUGUGUGAGAUCGACUGGUUGAAUAAUAACACUUAGUGAACUCAGUGCAUCCAUUAAACUUGAAAGGGGAAGGGAUCCUUACUGCUUACAAAGACCAACAGGCCAGUUGCAUUAGGCGCUGACUUGUCAAUUACCACAUGCCAGCUACUCAAGUUGAGACUGGAAAUACAUUUCAUUUCUAAGCUGUGGCAGGUAUGCAGAAGAUCUGAUUUCCUCUCCCACCAUCGUUUCAAAGAGAGAAUAGGAAUGGUCUCAUAAACCUUAUUACAUACCUGCUCUGUUCUUUGAGCUGAGGUAUGAACAGAUUGAACAUCCUGUACCCAUAAGAGAGUGUCUAGAUAACUUGGACAUAUCUCUUAAUUCUUGUUUUAAUGAAUGGUUGCUUUCAAAAGAGAAGUCACACGGGCGUUUAAAUGCCCAAGGAGAACUGUCCAUGUGGAAAGUUCUGAAAAAACGUCAGGUGGCCUCUUAUUUGCAGUGUAAAGACCACGCCAGAGAAGAAGAGGUUGGUGAUCUGAUAGUGAAGAACACAGCUUAGGACCACCUAGGACCCAUACAGAGAGAACGUAAAGACAGCAUUUAUCUACGAAGCCAUCAAGUGAAGAACACAACUUAUUUUCCUGCUGCUACCAGCAAAAUCCUGAGUAAAGAACAAGUCUGAGACUCAGAAAACUUACCCUGAACCACAUCUAACUAUUACAGGGUCAGCCAUGAUAGUUUGCUCAGGAAUCUUUCAGACAUGUGAGAUUGUGAUCUCAGAUGCUUGUAAGUUCCAGGUGCUUCCAGAAGACAAGAGACAGAUGUCCUUUGGACCACACCAUCACCAGCAUAGCUCUUUUACAGAUGUUACCAGUCAAUGGCCAAUGCAAUGGAAAUAUUUUACAUUGCUGUUUUCCCUCCCAGGGAGGGCAAGUACCUAUAUUCUGUGGGCUGUUUCUCAGAUGGCCCCCUUCUCCGCCUUGGACCAGUUCUCAUCCACCAAUCUUUUCCCUCAUGCUGCGCAAUACAUUAACACAUUGCUUUGCACCACUGAAUCUAAUAAAUAGUUUUAUAGACAGUC